AUGUAUAUUAUCCUCCUUGAACAUCAUCCUCAUCCAUAUAUCAGUCGUCAAUUGGCUUUCUGCUUCGCCCUUCUCUGCUCGUUGUUGGAUAGAGACAUGCUCAAAAUGUACAAAGUCAUGGAAACUGACCCAUCUCCUCAGCGGCGAUCUGUCCUGAACCUCGUGAGGGACCUGCUUAUCCUAUCCAGAUUUCACAAGUACAACCCAUGGCUUGCUGUAUUCUCAGGAGGUGUGUCCCUUCCUUGUAUACAAUAUUCAUCCAUUGACCUCGGGCAUCUAGUUUGGGCAACGUUGCUUGCCGGUGCUAAUAAAAUAGCCGCUAAUCCGACCUCGAUCUCGGCCAACCACAUACUAAAACAGGCUAUGCUGUGCUUGCUCUGCGGCUACAUCUACUGCGGUGCAGGCAUGGUCUGGAAUGACUGGGUCGACCGCAACGUCGACAAAAACGUAGCGCGCACCAAGAAUCGGCCCCUGGCAGCGGGGAGGGUGACUGCAACCGAGGGCUUCAUCUGGAUGUUGGUCCAGUUUGCCGUCUCGUGGUGGCUGAUGGAUAUUAUGCUGGAAGGCCACGACGUGUAUGAGGACCUCUCACAAGUCUCAAGAAUGUGGAUAACUGAUCCAAACAGCGCGGCUGCUAUGAUCCCAGUCACCAUCGCCACAAUCCUCUAUCCCUACGGAAAGCGUCAAUUCUUCCGACGACUAUACAUCUAUCCGCAGUACUUCCUCGGCUUUACACUAGCCUGGCCCAGCGCAAUCGGUUGGAUGGCAAUCAAAGGCCGCGAGAUCCCAGUCACGCAAAGCAUCACCAAGUCCCUCCCGCUGGCAAUCACCGUCUUCGUCUGGACCCUGUACCUCAACACAGCAUACAGCUACCAAGACAUCGUCGACGACUCAAAGAUGGACGUGAACUCGGUGUACGUCGCCGCCGGGUCCCGCAUCCACUUGUUCCUGAUCGUCCUGGCGGGUCUCGUGCUCGGCUCGGUCUAUCUGCAGCUGCGGGCGCAGAAUUCCGGUUGGCUGUGGGCCUCGUGGAUGUGCGUCUGGGCUUUGUCGUUUCUGCAUCAGCUGCUGAGAUUCGAUGCGAAGAAGCCGGAGAGUGGUGGCCCGCUUCACAAGGAGAACUUUGCGCUUGGGCUGUGGACUAUCCUUGCCUGUGUUGUCGAGUUGGGGCUCUCGUCGGGAAAGGCUGCUCAGUUCUUUAACUCGACCUUCCGUCUCCAGUGA